AUCAAAGACCGACCAGUCAAGCGAGAAAAGAGAAAGACAUCAAAAGACCAAGACCACAAAUUAGGACAUCGCAAUGGCGCAAAGCACAAACUUCAAAGAAGCCUUCUCCCUCUUCGACAAGCGCGGUCAAGGUCGCGUGCAACUCGACUCCCUAGGCGACCUCCUCCGAGCCUGCGGUCAAAACCCCACCCUCGCAGAAAUCAAAGACCUCGAGCACCAAGUGGGCGGAGACUUCGACUUUGACUCCUUCACGCGCGUCCUCAACCGACCAGGCGGCUUCCGCGACCCAGGCGAACCCGAAGAAUACUGUCGCGGCUUCCAAGUCUUUGACAAGGAUCUCACGGGUUUCAUCGGUGUGGGACAGUUCCGGUAUAUUCUCACGAAUUUGGGCGAGAAGAUGAGUGAUGAUGAGGUGGAUGAGUUGUUGAAAGCUGUGGAUACGAGUUCGGGAGAGAUUAAUUAUAUGGAUAUGGUGAAGAUGAUUCUGCAGAAUUAAGGGAAGAAAAGAGCGGUGGGGGUUGAGUCCGGCACGGUGGUGGACUGAAGGGAGAGUAGAGGUGUCGAGAUGAUGGCUUUUUGAUGGAUGCAUUAUGAGCGGCAAGGAUACUGGCGUUUUGGGGGUGGAUGUUGUUUGGUCUGGUAUAGCAGAAGACCAGACUUGUUUGUCUGAGGCCAAGGUACAGGUACAGGUGCAGGUGCCGCACUGGCGUGACUGGCGUGGACCAAGGCGAAGAAGAUCUCUGCCACGAAUACAUAUUGGAUGCGCAAGCAAGCUGUUUCG